GUUGUAAUCACACACACUGAGGCAUUGUAGUCAAAUGAACACUUCCAUUGAACCCGGGUUGGUAAUAUCGCAGUACCUGAUCACAUUUAUCUGCAGCGUUUACAGUGUGCUGAAGGAGCUCGACCUGUGUUAGGUGAUGAGGUAGAGGCGAGUUGUGCAGAAGAUGAAGGCUUGCUGGAUGUUCAUGAUCCUCCUGAGCUGCAGGUUAUCUCAGGCUGACAAAACACAAGAGCUGAAAAUUAUCUGCGUACCUUUCGGAGGCGAUGCUCCCGUGCCUUGCCCGGAGCUGAACCAGCGAGACGCGACCUUGAACCUCCUCAAGAACGAAGAAUCGAUUUCCAAGCAAAAUUGGAUCUGCAGUGGAAACACCACAUGGAAACCUCCGACCAAGGCAGAAGUCGAACUACAUGAAAACAGAGAACAUAAAUCAGUGCAUUUCAUGCUGACGGGAGUGAAUGCCAGCAGCUUCGGUCUCUACAGAUGUGAGGCCACAGUCUUUCACCCCCCUCCCAUUGAGACAAUGCCAAGUACUGUGUUCAUCCUGGUACAAGUAGAAGGACAUCAAUGCAGUUUGAACACAAAAGCAGGUGGAGGUCAAACUGAUGGACUUCUCUGGAUUUGGAUUCUGGGGCUUGUAGUCCUUGGCAUUUACGGCGUAACUGCCACUAUCAUUGCAGGCAUCUUCUGGGUGAAGUGGAGGAGCUCAGAGUCCCACACUGACUACAUGAACACCAAACCCAAAGCACCCCGGGACCGCAGGAAGAACAAAUGGGUCCAGAAUCCUGGACCAAGGCACUUCAGUUAACGUUACCCCUGUUAGUGUACAUAUAAAAACACAGGUGUCCGUGAAGUAGCUCAGGUUGUUAAGUUCAUUGUUCUUUCUCUGUACUUGUCUACAUAGCAAAAGCUCUUUUUAUAUCCGUUUUUUUAAAGAAUACAAUUCUUAGGAUUGCACUGAUCUGCAGCAGGAACCCCUCUGUGGUUGAAACAGAUCCAUGCGUCUGAAUGAGGGGAUUUGACCUCAUUACAAAUCCUGUGUGGUGAAUCACGAGUGACCACCAUUUCGAAAUAAAUAAUAAAACAUUC